ACGCAUAAUUAAUCAACCGAAUGGGUUUGGCAGAGGAGGCUUUCAGUUCCGUAUGAGAUUUUGUUUCCCUUUCAUGGUAAUGUGAUUGCUAUAGAAAAACCCUCUCUUUCCCUUCGCAUUCAGAUCUCACUUCACAACCUACCUCUUCCUUCACUUUCCCGCCGCAUUUGAAACUCGCGGCGAGUACGUUGAAUUGAGUAUGAUGGCGGCUGAGUCGCAAAAUUGGGUGUUGAUGGUGACAGCGCAGACUCCAACCAACAUCGCUGUCAUCAAAUAUUGGGGAAAGAGGGACGAAACCCUCAUUUUACCGGUUAAUGAUAGUAUCAGUGUCACUCUUGAUCCCACUCACCUUUGCACCACCACCACUGUUGCUGUCAGUCCCCGUUUCCACCAAGAUCGCAUGUGGCUCAAUGGCAAGGAGAUUUCUCUUUCUGGAGGAAGGUUCCAAAACUGUUUAAGGGAGAUCCGUGCUCGUGCGUGUGAUGUUGAGGAUACGAAAAAGGGUAUCAAGAUCGCAAAGGAGGAUUGGGGAAAAUUGCAUGUACACAUUGCUUCAUUCAACAACUUUCCUACUGCAGCAGGAUUGGCUUCUUCAGCUGCGGGUUUUGCCUGCCUUGCUUAUGCCCUUGGGAAGCUAAUGAAUGUCAAAGAAGAUGAAAGCCAGCUAUCUGCUAUUGCACGGCAAGGAUCAGGUAGUGCUUGUCGCAGCUUAUUCGGGGGAUUUGUGAAGUGGAUAAUGGGAAAAGAGGAUAAUGGAAGUGAUAGUCUUGCAGUUCAACUUGCUGAUGAAAAGCACUGGGAUGAUCUUGUUAUUAUUAUUGCUGUGGUUAGUUCACGACAGAAGGAAACUAGUAGCACUUCAGGAAUGCGUGAGAGUGUCGAAACAAGUUUGCUUUUGCAACACAGGGCAAAGGAAAUUGUACCAAAGCGGAUACUGAAAAUGGAAGAAGCUAUUAGAAAUCGUGAUUUUGCAUCCUUUUCACAAUUGACCUGUGCUGAUAGCAACCAGUUUCAUGCAGUCUGCCUGGAUACAUCUCCCCCUAUAUUUUACAUGAAUGAUACAUCCCACAGGAUAAUCAGCAUCACUGAAAAGUGGAAUCGUUCAGAAGAAGCUCCCCAGGUAGCUUAUACAUUUGAUGCGGGGCCGAAUGCUGUUCUAAUUGCCCGUAACAGGAAAGCUGCUACCCUUUUGAUUCAGAGGCUGCUUUACUACUUCCCUCCAAGUUCUGAUGACCUCGACAGUUACAUUAUUGGUGACAAGUCAAUAGCAAAAGAUGCCGGGAUCAAUGGAGUACUGGAUGUAGAAGCUUUGCCACCUCCUCCAGAAAUUAAAGAUAACAUUCCAUCACAAAAAUACAAGGGUGAUGUCAGUUACUUCAUAUGUACCAGACCUGGGAGGGGACCUGUUUUGCUUUCUGAUAGCAGUCAAGCUCUGCUCAACGAGGAAAAUGGGCUUCCCAAGUAAGUGUAUGGGAAACGUUCCUGUGGUUGAUCUAUUCUUCAUCAGGAAGCCUGAAAUAUUUUAACUGGAGGACUCUUUCAAGGAAGCCCGUGGCACCAUGGCACGAUGAUUCGUCCACUCCUAGUUCGCAGUUUGUGUUGGUUCAUGUAUCUGUAAUUCUUGUUUUCAUAAUAUUUUUAGUUAUUGUUUUUAAAUCUAGUUGGCUAGUUUGUUGGAGAAAAAUAAGUCUUGCUCCUUUUCUGUGUUGAGCAAAGCACCUUCAAUUCACUUUAGCUUGCAAGCUAAACUUGUCAGCUUUUAAUGAGAACAAUUUCCUUCCCUACUUCGUUAUA